UACCGGAUGUAUUUUCUGACGGCUGUGAUUGGUCAAUACGAAAAUACUGCGUUCCACUUUUCUGUGAAUGGAAACUGAGCUGACAGUGUCAAACAAUGGAGAAGGUUUUAUGUUCUGUCCACGGCAGCCCGUGUUUGUUAAAAACGGGCGUCAAAGAUGGACCAAAUAAAGGCAAGAGCUUCUACGUAUGCGUGGACAAGGAGGGCUGUGAUUUCAGUCAGCUGGCCAGCAUCUCACCGUCCCACUGCCUCCACCAUGAAGAUUCGAUGGUGGAACUCCAAGCUCUGGCCUACAAUCAGAAACAGCAGGGCCACAAGUUGUACUUCCGGUGUGUUAUUGGGAAAAAGGCUGGUCAGAAGUGGUGUGGAAGUGUGCCUUGGACUGCAUUAUUGCAGCCAGAGAAAGAAAAGCAGAAAACUCUCUCUGCCACACAGCUGCAGCCCUCUUGCCUGCCACCUGUGCGAAACCCAUUUAAGGUUCCCGACAAGAAGGACAAGGACUCUGAGCGGAGAAGGAUGCAGUGUAAUGGAAGUGAUGAGAAAGACAGUGAGGCAAGGCACAAGGCUGAAGGAAAAGAAAACAUAAAGAGUGCAGGUGUAGGAGUGGAAGAAGAACAAGAAGAGGAGGAAGGGAAGAUGAGUUCAUCAGAUACUUACAGAGGUAAACAACUUCCACAGGGGAUGACAAUAAAGAAGAGAGUUUCAGAUGAGGACAGAAACAGUCCCAAAGCUAACGGUGUGGAAAAAAUGACAGAUACGGUGAAAGACAAAACUAAAGAGAACCACGCCGAGCCGGGAGAAGCAGAAAAAACGUUGCCUACCGCGAGUGUCAAGGCUCUUCAUAGUGAGAGAAUAAAUCAUACCUCACAGGAUCCUCACAAGGACUUGCCCCCAAAACCAACCAACAGUGAAACCUGUCUGGUGCAAUCAACUGACACAACUAUAAAACACUCAAUAGACUCUGGUAACACCAGGAAACCCACAUCUAACAAGCCAGCACAAUCCGCAGAGUUGAGUCAAACCAAAAACCACAAAGACAACGAUGACGACGUAGUGUUUGUGUCGGAGAAACCUGCUACUCAGAAAACUCCUUCUCCUGUUUCGGGUGUGCAAAAGACCCUGACCACCUUCGCUGGGUUCCAGCCUAUUUCUAAGGUCAAAAGUCAACAAGCAGCUCCCAAAGGGAUGCACAGCCUGCUCACGGCUCAACUCCAACAGAAAAAGGCCACUCUGUCCAUGGUGAAUGUGGCUGCUCUGCCAGAUAAAGGGGAGAGACUGAGGACUCAGGUCAAAGAGCUGGAGGAUGCACUGGAGUCUCUGAGCCUCACUGCUGCCUCUCAGCCAGAGUCCCAGGGUGCACAUAGCAGCGGUGAUGCUUGUCCAAACAGCAGCCAGGUUAACCCUUUCAGCCGGUCAGGGGGAACCAUCCUGCUCCCCAACCUCCCUGCCUCUGGUCCCUCCCAACACCAGGCCUCCGGGAGCUCCCUGGGGCUCCAUCUGAGUCAGGGAUACACCCAGACAUAUGGAGCAGACUCACAGGUCCAGGCCUUUUAUGGUGGCAGGAUGACAGAUGAUCGUCUGUUGGCGGUGAAAAAUGCCACCUGUGAGGCCAUCGACCAUCUCCACAAAUCCCUGGAGACCUGCCCUGACGCUGAGGCAGAUGCUCCGGACCCCAAGGGCAUCAUGGUGCCGCUUCUCGCCCACCAGAAGAAAGCUUUGGCCUGGCUGCUCUGGAGAGAAGCCCAGAAUCCUUGUGGAGGAAUAUUCGCGGACGACAUGGGUCUGGGAAAAACCCUGACCAUGAUUGCUCUCAUACUGACCAAGAAGAUGAAGGCAAAAAAAGAAGAUGAAAAAAAGGAAGAGGAGAAGAAGGAGGAGAGCUGGCUCUCCAAAACUGACUCCAGACUCGUGGUUUCUAACGGCACUCUGAUCAUCUGUCCUGCCUCCCUGAUCCAUCACUGGAAGAGGGAGGUCGACAGACACAUCAAGACAGGAAAGCUGAACGUGUACCUGUACCACGGGCCCAACCGCGAGAAAAGUGCUAAAGUGCUCGCAGAUUAUGAUGUGGUGGUGACAACCUAUAGUUUGGUCUCUAAAGAGAUCCCAGUCCAGAAGGAGGAGGCUGAGAAACCCAGCAAAGAUUUUGAUGACGUGCCACCACGCUCAGCUCCUCUUCUGCGCGUGGCUUGGGCCCGGGUGGUCCUUGACGAAGCCCACAACAUCAAAAACCCUAAAGUGCAGACCUCCAUGGCCGUGUGUCAGCUGAGGGCUCGUGCGCGCUGGGCCGUCACUGGCACGCCCAUCCAGAACAACCUGCUGGACAUGUACUCACUGCUCAAGUUUCUGCGUUGUUCUCCAUUCGAUGAAUACAAACUGUGGAAAGCUCAGGUAGACAACGGCUCUAAGAGAGGCAGAGAGAGGCUCAACAUCCUGACGAGGACUCUUCUGCUCCGAAGGACCAAAGACCAGCUGGACUCCACAGGAAAACCACUGGUGUCUCUUCCUGAUCGGACCUGUGAAGUGCAUCGACUCAAACUGUCCCAGGAUGAACAGUCUGUGUACGAUGUGGUCUUUGCCCAAUCCAGAUCUACUCUGCAGAAUUACCUGAAGAGACAUGAAGGAAACGAUGUGAACAAUGGAAAGACUUCCAGCUCCAAUCCCUUUGACAAAGUGGCCAAAGAGUUUGGUAUGUCCCAGACUGACCCUGCUCUGUCGAGUUCCCAGCAACCUCAACAGGCGUCCAGCACCGUCCACAUCCUGUCCCUGUUGCUGCGCCUCCGACAGUGCUGCUGUCACCUCUCACUUCUUAAAAAGACUCUCGACUCGACGGAGCUGCAGGGUGAUGGGAUCGUCUUGUCUCUGGAGGAGCAGCUCAACGCUCUGUCACUCUCCUCCAGCCCGUCACCAUCAGGGCCCGACCCCAAAGACACUGUGGCCCUUAAUGGCACCCGCUUCCCCUCACAGCUGUUUGAGGACACCUGUGAGAGCAGCAAGAUUUCUGCUAUUGUCUCUGAGCUGAAAGCAAUCAGGCAGAAGAGUGAUGGACAGAAAAGCGUGAUCGUGUCCCAGUGGACCAGCAUGCUGCGCAUCGUGGCAGUUCAUCUGCAGCGCAUGGGCCUGAGAUACGGUGUCAUAGAUGGGACUGUCAACCCCAAACACCGCAUGGACCUGGUGGAAGAAUUCAACACUAACCCCAAAGGACCACAGGUGAUGCUGGUUUCUCUUUGUGCUGGAGGUGUCGGACUCAACCUGACUGGUGGGAAUCACCUCUUUCUCCUAGACAUGCACUGGAACCCAGCAUUGGAAGAUCAGGCGUGUGACAGAAUCUACAGAGUUGGACAAACAAAAGACGUCACCAUCCACAGGUUUGAGUGUGAAGGCACAGUGGAGGAGAAGAUUUCCACACUGCAGGCGAAGAAGAAGGAGCUGGCCCAAAAUGUGCUGUCAGGAACAGGAAGCACCUUCACCAAACUCUCCCUGGCUGAUCUCAGAAUCAUUUUUGGUGUCUGAGAUGAGAGGACUGAGGAUGCUGUGCUACGCCGUCAAAAUGAUAGCUGUAACACGAGACAACUGUUCCUACACACAUUCAAAAUUCAAGUAAUAAUUAAUAAGACUGCGGUGAUAAAUGAUACUUGGUCUAAGCGUUUAGAGAGUUCAUAUCCCCGUUUGUACGUUUUAUUUAUCAUUUUCUUUGGUCCAGUGCAAAAAUGGUUACUUGAGGCAUGUGAAGCUGUUUUUUUCCCCGUUUCCUGUCAGUUCUUUUAAUUUCUGGUGGCUUAUUCACUAUUUUUUAUUGCUGUGCAUUGUAUUGUUGUACAUGUGUAUGUGUGUUGAUGUUCAAAUAAAUUCACCUGCCUUAAAAAAACU